AUGAACAUGGAAUGUCAUUAUAUUUCGAAUAUUAGUGCAUAUCCAGGACUUUAUUCUCAUUUUUAUAAAAGUUAUAUUACCACAGACAUAUCAACUAGAAAAAUACACAAUAAAAAGAGGGAAAAAUGUAAAUUAUAUUUCUUUAUAAAGUUUUUUUUAUUUACCCUUUUAAUUUGGAUAUUACAGUGUUCUAACAAUUGGGAUUCUUGUAGAUUAUUAAAUUACAAAAAUGACAAAAAAUAUAUAUUAAUUUUAGGAGCUAACAGAUCAUUAGCAGAAAAUAACGACAUAAUAAAACAAAGAAAAGAAGAAUUAAAAUGCUCUGUACAACACGUUACAGUAAAAACAGACUCAGAAUUAAAGAAUGAACAGAGAGAAAUAGAGGAAUCUAUAAAUAUGGAACAAGGGAAUGAAAUACAUACACAAAAGGAAGAUAAAGAAGUAACAUGCAGUGAAAAAACAUUAGAAAAAUAUAAUAAUAUUUCAAAAAAAUAUUCUUUAUCUUUUGCUUUUAUUUUAUCUUUUACUUCACUUUUAUUAUCUAUAAUGAAUUGCAUUUAUUCACAUGAUAUGUUUAAUUUAUUUAUGUUUUGUUGUUUAAAUUUAUCUAUUAUAAUAUUCUCAAUCUUAUUAAUUCUCGAAAAAAUCAAAAAAAAAAAAACAUAA